ACGGCCGAGCUGUCGCCGUCGUCCGCGUCCGUGCCGUCCGGCCUGUCCGGUCCGGAUUACACCGGGCCGUCCGCGGGUUCGGACGAAUGCGAUCCCGAGAUGGUCGGCUUCGAGCUGGUAACCGGCUACGUGUAUACCGCGCCUACGAACAUGCUCGAGUCCAUACCGGGCACGUUGAUGCUCACCGACUGCCUGGAGACCUGUCAGGCAAACGACUCCUGCCAGGCGGUCAACUACGAGACAGGCCUGUGCGUCCUAUUCAGCUCUAACGCCGACAGCAAUCCAGGCGCGUUGUCGCAAUCCCAAUUUCCCGUGUUCACAAUCUACGCCCAGAAGAGCUGCCUGGCUGUGAAGCCCUGCGAGCGCGCCUGGUGCAUCGACAGAGUGCAGGGACACCGCCUUCAGGGUCACGCACGCAGGACCAUGACCGCCUCUUCGAGGCAGCACUGCCUCGAGCUCUGCCUCGGCGAGCGGGACUUCCUGUGCCGAUCCGCUAAUUACAUUAAUGCGACCAAGCAGUGCGAACUUUCGGAUAUGGAUAGAUUGACGGUCGCUGGCUCGAACGCUUUCCAGACGGCGAAAGGCGUCGAUUAUCUCGAGAAUCACUGCGUGGAGGAGCCGGUGAAACUUUGCGAGUUCAAGAAACUGGCCGGCCGCAUACUGAAGACCGUGGACUCUGUCUAUCAGGACGUCGGUACAUCCGACGAGUGUCGCGAACUAUGUCUGAACUCGCCGUUCCGUUGCCACUCGUACGAUUACGGCGACACCGGCGACAUGGUCUGCCGUCUCAGCCAUCAUUCCCGUGCCACCCUCUCCGACAUCCAGGAACCAUAUCUCGACGUACCGGAGGCGUCCACGUUCGAGCUCAGCUCGUGCUACAACGUGACCAUCGACUGCCGCGCCGGCGACAUGGUCACCAGAAUUCAGACGAGCAAGCUCUUCUACGGCAAGGUUUACGCCAAGGGCUCGCCAAACUCGUGCGUGCAGGACGUCAAGGGCGCGCUCGAGUUCGAGCUCCGCAUGGCUUACGACGAUCUCGAGUGCAACAUCAGACAGCAGGGUCUCGGCCGUUAUCUGAACGACGUGGUGAUCCAGCAUCACGACACCAUCGUCACCAGUUCCGAUCUGGGACUUGCGGUCACUUGCCAGUACGAUCUCACCAACAAGACCGUGUCGAACGAGGUCGAUCUCGGUGUGCACGGCGACAUCACGCCCGCUCUUUCGGAGGAGGUGAUCGUCGACUCGCCGAACGUCGCCAUGAAAAUCACCGAUCGCAGCGGAAACGAGAUCGUACCGUCCGCCGAAGUCGGCGAUCCGCUCGCGCUCAAAUUCGAGAUCCUCGACCCGAACAGCCCGUACGAGAUUUUUGUUCGCGAGCUCGUCGCCAUGGACGGCGUGGACUCGAGUGAGAUCAUUCUGAUCGACUCCGACGGCUGCCCCACCGAUCACGUCAUCAUGGGACCGCUCUACAAAUCGGUCACGACCGGCAAGAUACUGCUGUCGCACUUUGACGCGUUCAAGUUCCCGAGCUCGGAAGUGGUGCAGUUCCGCGCCCUGGUUACUCCGUGCAUGCCGACCUGCGAGCCGGUGCAGUGCGAUCAGCAGGAAGCGACCGGCGAGCUGCGCUCGGUUAUCUCCUUCGGCCGACGUCGUCGUCGCCGUCGCUCAACCAACUCUCAGAGCCGCGAGGAUCUUCUUCUGGUGCAGUCCAUUCAGAUCACGGACAAAUUCGGUUUCGAACGCGACGGCAAGCUGCUGCCCAACGCCAGCUCGGCAACGAGAGACACCGUGUACGUCGAGAGCGAGGACAUAUCGUCGACGAUGAGCAUGUGCAUCAAUCUGGGCGAGGCCAUCGUCGCCGGCACCGUCUUCCUCAUCGCCCAGAUCGCCGUGAUCGCCGCGUGGGCCUUCACCUGGCAGCGACGCCGGCAAAUGUUGAAGCACCAAGAAGCGCUCUCGGUCUCUGUGUCCGUACCCGGGAUGCAUCCCGGGCGCACCGACAGUCUCUGUAAGUUGUACGACGCCGGAUACUCACGUCGCUUCUGAACGACGAUCCACACACCCGCGCCUCUUUCCCCAUUUUUUGAUUUCGCGAUAUCAUCGUCAAUCUCGUCUUCCUACGUAUAAAUCGCUAUUAUUACGAAUUAUCAUUUCACGGCUGACUUUCAUACAGACGCGAGUUGUUUGUUUCUUCUAAACCGCACACACACACACACACACACACAGACACCCGGCUCGCCCCCUCCGGAGGAGCGGUGGGUCGCGCCACCAAUUUCCGCGAAGCGAUCCGCAGCAGACAAUUUUCACGGCUCUCUCUUGGAAUCUUCCUGCGGAAUUCGGGACGGGCGUUCCGCUACGCGCGCUAUAUAUCAAACUUGUACCGCGAGCGUAGCCGCGUUGCGAGGCAACAGCCAAUAUAACGUAGCUUUUAGUGAAGUAUGCCCUUUGCCGCCCGGCGCUUACCUUGUAAUUCGGGCGGAAGCUUUGCCGAGAGUGAGAGAGUGAGAGAGAGAGGCGCUCUACUAAUUCCAAUUAGAUUCGCUUAGAUGGGCAGAUCGCGCUCUCGCUUCAAGAGAAGCGGAGAGACGAUCGUUUCUCCCUCUGAUCGGAAACAAGAAAAUGAUUGCCGCCCAUCCCGCGUACGAAUGUUCUUGUUGCAUCCACGUCUCACCGUACUAUUACAUACGUAUCACCUUUCCCUUCCCUUCCCUUUGCUUUUUCAUUCCUAACUUCAUUUCCUCGCAGCUGGGCAGAGCGCGCGAAAGAAACCAAUCGAUCUCGCGAUAUCAACUUAAGCGAUGUUGCUUUUGCGCGCGUGCGCUUUCUCGGGGGAGAGGGGGGGGGGGAGCGCGGGGGUCGCAAUUACGCGCGUUCGCGUAUGCACACGUGCUAAUAAUGCCGGUGGAUUACUGAAGAGAAUAAUUAGGCACAAUUGCGCUUGAUUGCUUUCGCCGCUGCGUCUGUCGUUCAACUCGGGCACAAAUAUCAGUGUUUCCCAAUCGGCACCCAAGGUCGGCGCAACGAAUCGUACCAAAUGUAUCAUCAAUCUCGUCUCACUCUGUCUCUCCGGUCGGUCGGUUAUUUGGAAGGAGAGAAGCAAGGCUGCAAUUACGAUUUCCCCCCCGUACCGGCAACCUUUAAUUAACGUGACGUUCGGUGUGUCCAAGCGGCCUUCGUGCGUGUGUGCGUAUCGUCCCCGUUGUUCCCGAGCGAAAGUCGAAGCCGCGUCUAAGGGGACGUUUUCUUGAAAGGAUAAUAAAAAAAUAAAAAAAGAAAUCAUCUCGCGUCGGUGGUUAAUUCGUAUCGUAAACGCGCUCGCACACCGGGAAUGCAAUGCACUUCGCCGGGGGAGACGGAUAUAUGUAACAUAUAAGGUAAAUCAAAUUUUUUACUUUAUUCCGUAAAAAAAAACAGUUCUGGUUACACAUCUUCCAUCGGCGGUAAGCGACCGCGCGUGGCAUAAUGUGCAACGGCGCGAAAAUUUCUUCGCGGUCGAUUUCGCAAGUUUGGUUUCUUGCGCGCGUUAUCAUCCAGAGAGAGAGAGAGAGACCCCGUUCUCCCUCUUCCCUCCUCUUUGCCUUUGAACUAAAAACUAUCGCGCGUGCUUUUACCGCGUCCCUACACAUACCCGAGAUGACGUGACGCGACGUGAAACACGUCGCUGUGGCUCAGCGCGGAGAUGACAGGGGUUGUUGAUGUGUGAUGCUCGCCGCAUCGCACAGGCUACCGGGUUCUAAUUAGCAUCGGGAAUUGGGCGUGAUUAUGCAGAUGUAUUUGAGUGCGAUAUCAGCGGCGCGACGAGCCAGUCGGGAUUUGCACGAGGGGACAAAAGAGAGAAAAGGGAUCCAAGAGACGGAACUAGAAACCGAAGGACCGAAGCAGCUUGCGGGCUCGGUGAGGAGGGAAACGUAUAAGGUACACGCGCGCAAAGGGGUUGGCGGAAGGUUAAUUGCCUCUUGUGGCGUCUCGGGGUUAAGCUAAGCUUGCGGGGGUAGCGCUGCUUGAUGGGAUUGAGUCUGGGAGCCUCGGGAGCGUGAGGGAAGGAGCCGGAGCGCCGGGAUCACAUCAAGGAUAGCCAUCUCUCCCCCCCGUACCAAGAGUACCACCACGUAACCUCUCCCGCAUCCCCUCCGACUUAACCUCAGCCCUGUCCCUUAGCUAUCCCGUGGCGGCCAGGUUAAUUUACAUCGCGACACGUGAGCUUAUCAGGAUUGGCGUGCUCGAAUUGAAGGGCGCCGUUCAGGAAUCGAUCAGUUCCUCGGCGCGCCGGUAACUUCUUUCUUCACGGCGGUUGCGUAAUAGAAUAUCGCGUUCGAUCGAUCAACCGACGGAAAGUCCGUCUUGACUGCGGGGAUAUCUUUCUAAAGAAAAAUCUUAAAGGAACAAAACCUCCCACGUCGAUAACGUCAAACGCAGAGAGAACUCGGAUUUGCAACGGUCGCGUCGCGUGAUAAAAUAUCUCUGUUCUUUUUUUCUUUUUUUUUUUUUUUUUGCCGGAAAUAAAGUACAUUUGCCAAGUUAUUCGGCGAGUCGAGAAAACGGGCGGAGAAAGAAAACAAAACAAAGAGCUUUAAUUUAUAAAUAAAUGAUAGAAUAUAUUCUAUUCAAUUUGUCUCGACGGAGCGUGUGUGAUAUAUGCGCUGUGGAAACACAAAUCGCUUCGCCGUGCCAGCGGUGUCUUAUCGAUUUCGCCGAAAGCACACCGGGAAGCAGAGAGACCACAGCGAGAUCGGAUUAAUUGAGGAACUUGAGGAUUAAAAUACACUCGUUAAGACAAACACGGGGGGCGAACGGGAAAGACAAAAUGAGAGCCUCCACAAUCGUUCUGAAGUGUUUGCGUUACAGUUAACCGAGAACUUGGGGAUUGUUCUGCUGUUUGACGUUUACCUAUCGCGUGGCGAAGAUUCGUUGAUACACCCGGAUUCCGGAUUUUAUCACGCGCGCAAGCGGAAUGUCGACACCGCGCUUCGUAAGCAGAAUAUCGCGCGUGCCCGCUGAUCAAACACAGACAGUGAUCAUAAACUUUUAUCUUAUAAUUUUGCGGCGAGAGAUUAAUGCGAGAUCGGAAAGGCCGUUCGCGCCGAUAACAGCUGCGAAAGAAAGACGGUAGAGUCGCGCGUCCAUAAAUAUUUCAUAUCCACCGGCUAUGCGCGAGUAAAACUCACUGCAAACGCGUACGGCGACCGCUAACGCAACAACAAUAGCCAAAAAUCGAACGAAAAACGAUAUACAGAGCGCAACGGCGGGCAGAGCGAGCGCGUAUGUGUCCCCGUCCAUCGACAUUCCCGGUGCGCGCUUUGAUUAUUGGCUCUAAUUGCCCCGUUGGAUAUUUGCUGUAGACCUUUGACCCGCGCGCGAAACCGCCGCCAGAGCGUCGAAUUCCAAAUGGAAUUUUUCGCCUCUUAAAUCAAGCGCCAUUGAUUCCGCGCGGAACACGCGCGAAAAAUUGAAAUGCAGAAAACACGCGAGAGAUUCUCGCAUUUCUCUUUCCCGCGGUGUAUUUCCGAAGAGCGCGGUUUAAUUAUUUUCGCAUUACGCCGAGUAACGCGCCUCCGAUGUGUGUUCGAGCGCGUCUCUGGCACGGAACUUCCUUCCCGCCUCACCGCCGCUCGCACGCUCGCAAUCCGCUUCUGAUUGUAGACGUAUACGUAUAUUAAGUCUACAGAUAAAUGCUAUAAAUAUAAAAUUACGAGAGUAUAUAAAUAAUAUACAUAUAUACAUAAUAACGAUAAUGAAAACACACGCCAACACGAAGGUGCCUAACAGUAAGCUACGACGACGCAUGAUGAACUUGCGAGGUGUGUUCCGUCAGAGUUUUUUUUACACUCUCUUCUUCUCCUUUGAAAGAUAACACACACUUCAAUUUAUGAAUUUAUGUUUAAGAAUGUUUGCGCUAAUAACGCUGCGGUAGUUUAUUAUCCAAUCUGCUUGUGGUGAGAGGGUAGAGCCAAUUUUUUUUUAAUACACUGUUCGACGUUGAUACUUGUACGAACGCGCACGUUCGCACACAUUUAAGACGGUGUUGCGCGCGCGAGCGCGGCCAGUUGCGCGAUGAUUAAUCUCGCGGAUGAAUUCCGCGGAGAAAACAAGAGGCGCAGACCCGCAUGCGCGCACGCGCGGUCGCUCCGCGCAACGCUUUAGCGACGUAAUUUUUUGUUCAAAACAAUUGCAAUAUAAUUGUAUCGAGCAAACGUAUGGAGUGGCGCGAGAAAAAUUUUGCCAGUUCUUCGCCUGUUUCGUCGCGCGCGAUCUCCGACCGAGAGAUUAAAAACCGAGAAAAAAAAAACGCAGAAGGAUCGAGAUUCUUUUUCGUCGCCGUCAAGUGCGGGAGGGGGAGGAUAUCCGGGGAGACAUUCCGAGAUAGACGGAAUGUCCCAAGUCAUUAUUUUUCUUUCACAAGGGGAAGAUGAGCAAGAUUUUCUCGCACCACUUUGUAAACAAGAAGCAUUACGAAUAACGCGAUAGCGAUAAAGCGCGAGCACUUUUCAUCGACUUGAUCGAACCGAAGGCGCGGCGGCGAAAAACGCGGUUGCGAGAGCUUUGAUCGCACCCGAUUUCGCCGUGACGUUUGAUUCAACUCAAUGGAAACUGCCGAAGUGAAGAAUUAUCAUUAAUAAGAGAAUUAUCAUUAAUUAAUUAAUUAAUUGAUUGCCUUUUUUUUUACAUCUUAAAAGUGUAUACGAUGGAAGCAAACAGGAGCAAUUAUGUGUUUCAUCAACAUGUUUCAUAUAUAUAUAUAUAUAUAUGUUAUAAUAAUAACGUAAUUAAAAUUAAGUUUUUAACGCGUCCGGCCGUGUCUCGCACUCCGCUCGCGGAGCCGAGGUCGCGGCGGGCAAUUGCGAGAGGAAAGAUAAUAUUGGGCUCGAGGACGAUCGCUCUCGAUGAUAUCAAACGUGCCUGCAAUCCCGAACGCGCCCGACUUGGGUAGCCGCGGGCGCAAUUCAACGCGGCCAGCGUCGUCGUUUCGUUGCGUUACAAGUACCACUCGCUUCUUCUUUUUUUUUUCCUCCCCCUCCUCUCUCUUUUCUCUCACUCCUCUCCUCUUUUUUCCUCUCCUCGCUUCCUCUCCGCCUCACCUCCCCUCUCAACCUCCCUCCUCUAUCGUUCAUCUUAAUGAGGGUUAUGUUUAUACCCCCGUACUUCUUAGCAAGAGUAUCCGCGAGUUUGUAGAGAUGUCGGUGCUUGUCCUCGAGCCUGAGGUGCGCGUCUUGCUCCGUCGUAAGCUCGAGAAGCUCGAGUCUGUUCUGUACCAUGACAAGCGUGUAUUUCUGCUUUUCUCUUCUCCGUGCGCGCGCGCGCGCUCGCGCGCGUCCUGUACGUCUUCUUUUCCGCACUUUGCUCGUCUCAUCUCUCCGGGCCUCGUCUCCGCAACUCCUCCUCCGUCCUCCUCCUUUCGACCCUGCCAGGCCGAGAGUCUAUUUGCCUGUCUCUCCCCCGCCUCUAUUCCCUAGCCACACAAAUUAAACCAUUUUCAUCGCGAAUACAUACGUCACGUACAGAACUUACCCGACGAUCGCGAGCAUCUUUCUUAUAUAUGUUACACACACACCGCGCACCACCAGAGAGCAUAAUCGCUUAUUUAUUUUUUACGUUAAACGUAUAUUGCCCUUCAAGAAUACUCGUAUAUAACCCUAUCACGCCUAUUUUUCUCUCCGCGUCCUCCCCGCGUCUUCUUCCACCGAGACCGGCGUACCGAACAACUACCGUUUUAAUAAUACACCCGUCAUACCGGCCACGCACUGAAACUGCUAUGUAAUUUAACGAAUCACUCCGCUGACGUUAAACGUAAUGCGUGCGUGUUUCUAAUUAAUUCCCACUCUUCUUCGUUUUUUUUUUUUUUUUUUUUUUCCCUAUCUACAUUAUCAAGACAUAUCUUUCUCGCCGAACGUCGUAUAUGUCAGUACCGUAACACAACACGUUGUACAUAGCAUAUAUGGUACCAGAGAAUAUAAACUCAUUUUAUAACGAAAA